CUGUAACUGAAAUUUCUCGUCACUGAUUUGCUAAACCGAGUUGGUUAUGUUUGUUUAUAUGUUACGUAAAUAAAGCUGUUCGGUAACUAAUUCAGUUCAUUUUUAUUAAUUGAACUUUGGACUUAUGCCGAUUGUUUGUCCAAUCUUACAUUUCUUAACUUUAUUGUUAACAGUGAUCAUAGUUUUCAGUUGUGAACACCAGUCACCUAUUAUAAUAGUGAAUACAUGGCCAUUUUCAAAUGCAACCGAUGCUGGAUGGAAUAUCCUCAGUCCAUCGAAUUCCAAAGUAUGUGGUUCAUCAAUAGAUGCUGUCGUUGCUGCAUGUACAAAUGCAGAAGAUGAUCCAAAUAUUGAAAGUGUCGGUUAUGGCUGUUCACCUGAUGAAAAUGGACACACUUUAUUAGACGCAAUGGUGAUGGAUGGCAAAACAAUGGAGGCUGGUGCGGUAGCAUCAAUGCCUGAUAUUCGACAAGCAUCCCAAGUGGCACGUGAUGUCUUAUUAAGCACCCAACAUACAUUACUAGUUGGGCCACUUGCAGCAGAAUUCGCAAAGUCAAGAGGAUAUAAACCAACUUCGUUAGAUACGCCUAAAUCACAUGAUUUAUGGCUAAAAUGGAAAAACAAUAAUUGCCAACCAAAUUUUCGUAAAUCAUCAAAUUGGAUUCCAGAUCCUAAAAUAUCAUGUGGACCAUAUAGAUGGAAUGUUUCUGAUGUUAAUUUACUUGAAUUGAGUGAUCAACGUAUCAACAAAUUAGAUAUCAAUAAUCAUGAUACAAUUGGUGUGAUUGCUUUGGAUGCUUAUGGUUCAAUGGCUGUCGGUACAUCAACCAGUGGGUCAACAUAUAAAAUUCCUGGACGUGUUGGAGAUUCACCUAUUCCUGGAGCUGGUGGUUACGUCGUGAAUAAUAUUGGUGGUGCUGUUGCUACUGGUGAUGGAGAUCUUAUGAUGCGCUACCUAUUGAGUUUUCAAGUCGUUGACUACCUUCGUCAAGGAAUUGGUCCAAAUGAAGCUUGUAAAAGAGCUUUGCAAAGCGUGAGAUCGGUAUGGUACUUAUUUACUUUAAUAUGAAGCUUCUACUAAAAUUUAAUGUGAUCAGUCAUUUCUGUAUAAAAUCCCUUUUCAAACGUAUGCAAUAGUCUUAAGAAUUUGCAGGCUUUAAUCAGUUAACUCACUAUAUGGAGUGGUUAUAUUGACGUUUCAACAUAAAUGAUCUUGGUGAUCGUACGUGUCUUAGAUUGUAAUUUUCAGUCAAGUAAUCAUUAUUUUCAUUGUGACUAGGUAAUUUCAAAGAAAAUUGGCAUUUUAGGUAACAUAACUCAGAACCGACUGUGAUAUUUGCCUUAAUCCUGCGAUUCAAUAUUAUUUGGUACAUUUUAUUCCUCAAAAUCGUCCCUUCUUUCCGAAUUUUGUUUUCCAAAGCUGUCUUUUUGACUUAUUACUUGGGCGCUUUUGCUGAUUUUUUGUUAUACUGAUGUCUUACAACAAUAUGCGUGAACCCACACUGAUCCCAAGCCCUAUGUUGAUUUUGACUGAUUGAUUUGUGGUUUCCGAUAACUAAAUCUCAACGGCCCCAUUCUGGUACCUUGCGAUUCCCUAAAAGACUAGAUGGAAAUAGCGCAAAAAUUUAUGAAUUUGAAUCAUAACUAUGUAAGUUCGACCAUGUACUUUCCCAAAUUUACAUUGCUCCAGGCAGUAACACAAGUCAGAGUAGUUGGAGAAGCGAUAUGUGUGGUAUAUAUCUUACUUUUGCCUGUAGUUCCAAGAACAUAACCUUAUCGAAUCAUUCGAUAAGGUUAUGUUACCUUGAAAAUCGGCGCACAUCUCUAUCAUCUUCCAAUCCACAUGAAUGACAUGCUUAGACUUUUUGGAUCAAGCAACUUACAUAUACAUGGCUUACACCUUCAACAAUUGCUUAGCAGAAGUGCACUAUGACCGGAAUAAAUAUUGAGUGAUGUGCUCAUAUUUCUAUUUGAACUCAAAUAUUUUUCCAGGACCAUAUUCAGCAUUAUCUGAAGAAAAGCUGGAGCUUUUUGUAUUCAUUUGGGUAUUGUAUCAGAGAUCAAGUCCUUGGAAAUAAUGGAUAUCUCCAAAUAGGGAAAAUCAAUUAAUAUAGUAAACCAUAUCAUUCUCUAUUCCUAAAUCGGGUUCGUUCGAGACCAUCCUUACAAAUUUGAUAGGUACAAAUAAAGGGCAAUCAGUUUAAUAUCAAUGAAUCUCUUCAAUAAAGUUGAAUUGGAAUAAUGAGAUUGAAAAUCUAUGUACCAUUUAGUGUUAUUACCUCGGAUAAUGAUUCUUAAUAGAUAUUAACAGCACAACGUAACCAUGAUGAUUAGGAGUAUUUGAAUUAUAGUAUGUACUAAGAAUCCCAGAAAUAACGUAAUCGGAUCAAGAAGUACUAGAUAAGCACAAACGAAUGUACUGUAUUUAGAAUUCGAAAUCAAGCAUUUGACAAGUACAAAGGAAUUAUUAGUUCAUUCAAGCACCACAGUAACGUCGAAUAAAUAGUCAUUGGCAACAAUAUGCUUUUUCAGAGUACAAAUUAAAUUGAACAACACCAUAGGACCUCUCAACCUACAGAAUCGAAGUUUAUUUUCCUGCCCAGUAAAACAAUCAGUAUGAGUCACUGACAAGCUUGCCCGUGUAAUGUAACAUAAAGAUGUAAAAAUAUUUGAUCAGUAUGCUCUUUUUAAAGUCAGAAUUUCGUCCAGCGUUUUUACGUCAAUGGAUCGCCUAACUUGAAGCAAAAAUCGUAAAUUUGAGGGUGCUGAUUAACAUCGAGAACCAGAACGUAACACACUGAUUACUACCUAGCAUUUAACUUUUUCGAUUAACUAUCACUUUGUUAGUAGAUUAGAAAUAAUAAGUCAUUAUGUACAAUUGCGAAUAAUUACAACAAGAAAUUGUUUCAUUCGUUGUGUGAUUGAAAACAUUAUUAUAUUAAAUAGAUGGAAAUCUAUUCAGUUAAGUAAACAUUUAUGGUAAAACUGAUUUAUCCUACUAGUGAUAUAUUUACAAAUCCAUGAUACUUAUUUAAUAAUAAUUGAUCCACAUAACUCAAAGUACUGUACUAAAGUUGAAUCAUUUAUAUUGCUUAGCCAAAAAAAUGGUAUGGAGCUUUAGUCGCUCUUACAAGUCAAGGAGAACAUGGAUCAGCUUGCGUAGGAUUCGCUAAUUUCAAGUACAGUGUUCGAGCUUCGUGGAUUGGUGAUCAAACUAAAAUAAUUGCUGUGUCUUGUACUGAAUUAAAUGAAUUAUGAACAAAUAUUUUCACAUGAAUGAAUAUUUAAUUGAUUGGCUUAUUUUUUUUCAAAUCAAUGUAUUUCAAGCUUUCUUUCCCUGUAAUUUGUGAUACAAAGUUAAUUUAGAAUAAAAAAGGGUUUUCUUUUCAUUAAUAAUGGAAGAGGCAAUAGUGACUAUGCAAUAUGAAUGUAACAACAAUAAUUCAUGAAUAAUGCAUCCAAAGGAUUUGUGAGAAAUAAUAAAGUUCUACUAAAAAGA